UACAAGCUAAUGUUUUUAGUUGUGUGUAUAUGUGUGUGUGUGUGUGUGCUGAAACGUGCUUGUAUGUCUUUAUAAAAGCAUGACAAGCUGUUUAAAAAAGGGAUAUACACUUAUAUAAAGGAUUUCCACUGCCACUGCUGAAGGUCAAACACGCUACAGCAGCCACAAAUCUAAGCUAAGGAUUAUUAACAAACACAACAGCAACAACAACAACAACUGCCAGCAAUCAUAAAAAUACAAAUAAAAAUAAAUACUCUGACAUCAGCUUCAGCUAUGGCCAUCAAGGCGGCGUAAAGUGAGAGCGCAUUACACACGCGUCUCCAUCAACGCUUGGGGAGUUUUUACAAAAGGGCCACAUCAAGAUGAGCUCGACGCCAUUGAGAAGUAACUAUCAAUGUGAAGCUGGCAUUACUUGCAUAAACAGAUAGUGGAAUCGGCAAGGAACUCUGCCACAGCAGUCGCCGCAUUGAAAAAAACCAGAAGAAUAAGUAUAAUUAAGUUUUGGUGCGCGGCUAGUGGAACAGGUUGACGAUGUGCCAAUGCCAGCUGCUGUGUCUUAUGCUCUUGGCCGUGCUGAUCAGCUGCGCCCAGGCAGCGACGCAGGACAUCUACAAGGGCGCGCGCCUGGGGCAUCGCAUAGUGCAGACAAGAUACGGACGCCUACAUGGGCUCAUACUGCCGCUGGAUAACAUUCGAGUGCUGCGCUCUGUGGAGGUUUUUCUUGGUGUGCCUUAUGCAACGCCACCCACCAAACAAAAUAGAUUUAGUCCGACGCGAGCACCAGCGCCCUGGGAGGGCAUACGCAUCUCUGAUAAAUACAGUCCGGUGUGCCCGCAGCGCUUACCCAACAUACAGAAUGAGACGGCAGCGCUGGAGAAGAUGCCCAAAGGUCGGCUGGAGUACUUGAAGAGGUUGUUGCCAUUUCUGCAGAAUCAAUCGGAGGAUUGCUUAUAUCUAAAUAUAUUUUCCCCCGUAAAUGCUGGUGCCAACGAGAAGAAAUUGCCAGUUAUUGUAUUCAUACAUGGUGAAUCCUUUGAGUGGAGCAGUGGCAAUCCCUACGACGGCAGCGUUCUGGCCAGCUACGGCGAAGUCGUGGUCGUAACGCUUAAUUACCGUCUGGGCAUAUUGGGCUUCCUCAAUGCAAAUCCCAGUCCGCAUGCACACGCACGUGUGGCUAAUUAUGGCCUAAUGGAUCAGAUGGCGGCACUUCACUGGAUACAACAGAAUAUACAAAAGUUUGGAGGCGAUCCGAAUUUGGUAACGCUGGCGGGUCAUGGCACAGGUGCUGCCUGCAUUAAUUAUCUGAUGACAACGCCCACGAUGGUGCGUGGUUUAUUUCAUCGCGCCAUACUCAUGUCCGGAUCGGCAUACUCCUCAUGGGCGCUGGUCGAAGAUCCAGUGCUGUUUGCCAUUAAGUUGGCCCGCGAGGUUAAUUGCAGCAUACCCGAGGAUCUAAAUCGAAAUCAUGAGCAAAUCGUCGACUGUCUAAGGGAUGUGCCGUUGGAGGAUUUGUAUGCUGCCGAUAUACAGGCGCCAAAUUUUUUAACAUCCUUCGGACCAUCGGUUGAUGGCGUUGUCAUACGACCCGGACAUUCCAAUCUCGAUAUCGAUGAUUUAAUGACGCGCAACUCGAAGCGCUCGUCAGCCGAUGCUGGCGCCCAGUCAGCUGCUGGCAACGGCGGCGGUGGCUCUGGCAGUGGUUCAGCAUUCAACGGUGGCAGUGGCUACUUUGCUGGCGCCGCCGCAACGGCAAACAUUGGCGGACACUAUGACGUGCUCUUUGGCGUCGUUACGGGCGAAUCGAUUUGGCGCUUCAGCGCACACGAUAUACAGAAUGGCUUCGAGGGCGAUAGACGCGAUAAAAUAAUACGCACUUAUGUGCGCAACGCUUACAAUUACCACCUCAAUGAGAUAUUCUAUACGAUUGUCAACGAGUACACCGACUGGGAUCGCACCUCGCAGCAUCCAAUCAACACACGCGACACGGCCGUAGCGGCGCUAUCCGAUGCCCAAUUUGUGGCGCCAAUUGUGCGCACUGGAGAUAUAUUGGCCGCCAAUUCGCCGCCAGCGAGCAGCAGCAGCAGCGGCGGCGGCGGCUCAGCGACGCCUAGCGGCGUUAAUGCGGCUGCAUCCACUUCAGCGGGCUCGAUGCAGCCGUCGGGUCGUUGUUAUUUCUAUGUGUUCGAUUAUCAGACCAAGGAUGGAGAUUAUCCACAGCGCAUGGGUACGGUGCAUGGCGAGGAUUUGCCCUAUAUAUUUGGAGCGCCGCUUGUCGAGGGCUUUAGUCACUUUCCGCAAAACUACACCAAAUCGGAGACCGCAUUGUCCGAGGCUGUGAUGAUAUACUGGACGAAUUUUGCGCGCACUGGCAAUCCUAACGAACAUCAUCGCCAGGACUCGGUGCUGCCAAUUUCAAAGGAGCGCAAUCGUUUUCGCAGCAUCACCUGGGAGAAUUAUGAUCCAUUGCAUCAAAAGUAUAUUGAAAUAGGCAUGAAGCCGCGCAUUAAGAAUCACUUUCGAGCACAUCAACUGUCGAUUUGGCUGCGCCUGAUACCCGAGCUACAUCGUGCUGGGAUGGAGGAUGUUAUAGCACGGCACAAUCUAUUUCGCAAUCAUGAUGAUAUGGACUUGUACGAGGGACCCGUUAAGCCAGACCCGUUCGGUCUCGCAGCAGGCGGCGCUACGGGCUCCACCUCAUCCAGUUCGUCGCGUCUGCUGCUUAUCGACGAGCAAUUGAUGAAGGGACGCGGCCUGAACGCCUCGGCCUAUUUGAAUGGCAUACUGGGUGUUACCACCGUGGAGCCAAACAUGUAUACGACCUGCAUACCAAUUGGCGGCAACUACACGGCGAAUGGCGGCGGCGGCGUAUUUGCGCCCACAACACUCGCGAACGCCUCCACAGACACGCUGGCAUCCGGAUUCGAGGCCGCGGGCUAUGCAGCCUACUCCACCGCACUGAGCGUAACAAUUGCCAUCGGCUGCAGUCUGCUCAUAUUGAAUGUGCUCAUAUUCGCGGGCGUGUAUUAUCAGCGCGACAAGACGCGGCUGGAGGUGAAGACGCUGCAGAAACAGUAUCAGCAGCGCAGCAUGCAUCAGCAGGUGCCGUAUCCGCCGGAGCCCAUCAAGCAUGCCCACUAUCACAUGGGCCACUCGCAGAGCGCCAAUGUCAUUGUGGAUGUUGAGAGUCAUGGCCAGGAUCAGGCAGGUCAGGCGGCAAUGCUGUUGCAGGCAGCCGCUGCUGCCGCAGCCGCCGCCAAUGAGGCAUCCAAGGCGGCGCCACCGCCGUCGCACAUUUGCGGCGGCGGCGGCAACAGUGGCAUGCAGUCACAGCAGGCGGGUGGCUCUGGCAGUGUCAUGGAUGUGAACAAAGCGCCAGAUAACAUGGCCAAUGUCACUUAUAGCACCAGCAGCAAGCAGCAGCAGCAACAACAACAACAGCAGCGCGAGCAUAUGCAAAUAAAAGGCGCACAGUCCUUUGGACGUGGCAACAAUGCCGGCAAUGCGCCAAUGCCAGGCACAGCAGCAGGUGGCGCUGGCUCGGUUGUUGUCUCAGGCAGCAGCGUCAGCUACAAUCCCGGCCUAAUGACUUUGCCCAAGGCAAGCCAACUUCAUCAUGCGGCCACGCUGAAUUAUGCGCGCAACACAGCCGCCUUGAAUUUGGCGGGUGGUGGCACCGCCCUCGUCGAUAGUCGUGGCAAUGUACUGCUCACGAGCGCAGCAGGCAGCAGUGGCGACUGCAUGACCCUGCCACGCAAUCUCAAUGUGGCAGCUGCCGCUCGCCACAAUCCAACAACAGAGCUACAACAAUAUCAACAGCAUCAGCAGCAGCAGCAGCAGCAACAACAGCAACAGAAUAGCAAACAUCAAGCCAAUGGCGCUGUUUUGACUGGCAUGCAGUCUCAUCAUAUACGCGGACCACGCCCACCGCUGCGCACAGCCUCGUCGACAACAUCAGCGACGAACAGCAGCAACAGCUCCAUGCCCGGCGGCGGCAACAUGCUGCUGGAUCAGACACCAUCGGGCGGCAGCAGCAGCAGCGGUGUCAGCAGCGCCCCCAGCUCAUCCAAGGGCCAUACACAUGCUGCCCAUGCCCAUGGCCAUAUAACGCACGCUCAUGGCGAAAGCCUAAGCAUGAGCUCAACUGCAGUGCAACAUCAACAGCAGCAGCAGCAGCAGCAACAACAGCAAGUGCCACAGGCGGCCAUUGAUGAGAUGCGUGUCUGAUAGGUAUCGGUCUUUGAGUUGGACUUAUAGUCAUCAACAGGCUCCAUAGAAACGCUUCGCGCUGAAAUGCCCGAGGAAUUCUAUGCACUGAAGCAAUUACAGCAGCAGCAGAGUGUCCACGAU